AUGACGCAGUUUACCAAAGAUCACACACUUCCUCCUCCUUCCUUAUAUCCUCCUCCAUUCCCCCCUCCUCCUCCUUCUUUAAUCCUCCUACAUCUCCCCCAUCCCCUCCUCCAUUACUUCUCCUCUAUCUCUCCCUCCUCCUCCUUCCUCACCCCUCCUCUAUCUCUCCCUCCUCCUUCUUCCUUACUCCUCCUCUAUCCCCCUCCUCCUAACUCCAUACUCCUCCUCUAUCGCCCCCUCCUCCUCCUUCCUUAUUCCUCCUACAUCUCCUCCUCCUUCCUUAUUCCCCCUACAUCUCCUCCUCCCCCUCUUUCCUUACUCAUCCUCCUUCCUUACUCCUCCUUCAUCUCCUCUUCCUCCUCUUUUCAUUCCUUUUUCUUUCUCCCCCUCCUCCAUCUCCCCCACCUAUUCUUCUCCUUCCCUACUCCUCCUCCAUCUUCCCCACCUACUCCUCUCCUUCCCUACUACUCCUCCUCCAUCUCCCCCACCUACUUCUCUCCUUCCCUACUCCUCCUCCAUCUCCCCCAUCUACUCCUCUCCUUCCCUACUACUCUUCCAUCUCCUCCUACUACUCAUCUCCUUCCCUACUCCUCCUCCUCCAUCUCCACCACCUACUCCUCUCCUUCCCUACUCCUCCUCCUCCUCCAUCUUCCCCACCUACUCCUCUCCUUCCCUAAUACUCCUCCUCCAUCUCCCCCACCUACUCCUCUCCUUCCCUACUCCUCCUCCUCCAUCUCCCCCACCUACUCCUCUCCUUCCCUACUCCUCCUACAUCUCCCCCUCCUACUCCUCUCCUUCCUUACUACUCCUCCUCCAUCUCCCCCACCUACUCCUCUCCUUCCCUACUCCUCCUCCUCCAUCUCCCCCACCUACUCCUCUCCUUCCCUACUCCUCCUCCAUCUCCCCCACCUACUCCUCUCCUUCCCUACUCCCCCUCCAUCUUCCCCACCUACUCCUCUCCUUUCCUACUACUCCUCCUCCAUCUCCCCCACCUACUCCUCUCCUUCCCUACUCCUCCAUCUCCCCCACCUACUCCUCUCCUUCCCUACUACUCUUCCAUCUCCCCCUCCUACUUAUCUCCUUCCCUACUCCUCCUCCUCAAUCUCCACCACCUACUCCUCUCCUUCCCUACUCCUCCACCUCCAUCUUCCCCACCUACUCCUCUCCUUCCCUACUCCUCCUCCUCCAUCUCCCCCACCUACUCCUCUCCUUCCCUACUCCUCCUCCUCCAUCUCCCCCACCUACUCCUCUCCUUCCCUACUCCUCCUACAUCUCCCCCUCCUACUCCUCUCCUUCCUUACUCCUCCUCCUCCUCCAUCUCCCCACCUACUCCUCUCCUUCCCUACUCCUCCUACAUCUCCACCACCUACUCCUCCUCCAUCUCCCCCAUCUACUCCUCUCCUUCCUUACUACUCCUCCUCCAUCUCCUCCACCUACUCCUCUCCUUCCCUACUCCUCCUCCAUCUCCCCCACCUACUCCUCUCCUUCCCUACUCCUCCUCCAUCUUCCCCACCUACUCCUCUCCUUCCCUACUCCUCCUUCAUCUCCCCCACCUACUCCUCUCCUUCCCUACUCCUCCUCCAUCUCCCCCACCUACUCCUCUCCUUCCCUACUCCUCCUUCAUCUCCCCCACCUACUCCUCUCCUUCCCUACUCGUCCUAUACCACCUCCUCCUCCUCCUCCUCCUCCUCAAAUAUAUGUUAA